UAAUAUUUAAAUAUUAUCGUUUCCCAAAUAUCAUUAAGUCUGCAUCUAUACUUCCAUUUGCUUUGGUCAAAUUUGUAAACAAUGGCUUGUACUCGAAAUCAAAUUUUAAAUCUUUAUCGAAAUUUAAUACGAGAAAGUAAAAAAUGGAAUACAUAUAACUUUAGGAUGUAUGCUCUUCGCAAAGUAAGACACGAGUUCCAACAGAACAAAACAUUACAAGAUAAAAUAGAAAUCGAACAAUUUUAUCAAAAAGGUCAAGAGGCAUUAGAAGUAAUUAAACGACAAGUAAUAAUAGGAAACUUAUAUAGUACAAGACCAUUGAUAAUAGAAACAAAUACUUCAUCUAAAAGUAAAUAUAAUAAUAAAUUAGUAUAAUAUUACGCAUUUUCUUAUAGAAGUAUGUUAAAUUUAUAAUAUGAUUCAAAUUGAAUAUUUUGUGCUGUAACUAUUAUAUAAAUAUUUUAUGUUACAAAUGAUUUUUUGUAAUGUUUGAGAUUUUUUAAACUUAUACAUACAUAUAUAUACAUCAUUAGUAAUGCAAUUACAUGUGAUAGUAAAUAUAAUAUAAUUGCACAUCAUUUGUAAUUCAAAACUAAAAUGUAAUUAAAAUUAUGCACAUAUAAACAUACAUAUAUAGAAUAUUAUAGAUUAUGUUAAAUGUAGCUGUAUGGAACAGGAUGUUACAAACAAUUUUAAAAUGUAUCAUUAAUGUUAAUCAAUAAAAAAUUCAUUAAAAUAA